UAAAAUUGUAUUAAUUUUAAACAUUUAUUUAGCAAAUAAAAAAUGAAUUCAAAACCAAAAUUAUAUUAUUUUAGUGUUAGAGCAUUAGGUCAAUUUCCUCGUGUUUUAUUUGCAUAUCUUAAUAUUGAUUAUGAAAAUAUCCAUGUUGAUACCAUUUUAAAUGAAGAAUUUAGAAAUGAAAAUUUAAAAUUUGGACAGGUACCAAUGUUAUUAUUAGAAGAUGGUUUUAAACUAACCCAAACAACUGCAAUUUGCAAAUUUAUUGCAAAACAAAAUAAUUUUAUUGGCAACUCUCCACAAGAAGAAGCUAUAAUUGAUGAAACAUUAGCUUCGGUCCAUAGUGAUUUAGUUGUACAAGCAAUAAGAGCAGCAAAAGGAGAAAUAAGCAAAGAAAAGAUUAUAGAAAUUCAAAUACCUCGUGUUUUUGGUGCCUUUGAUCAGAUUUUAUCAAAAAACAAAUAUAUUGUAGGUGAUAAUAUUACCUUAGCAGACGUAUAUGUUUAUGUUGCAUAUGAUUAUUUUGUCUAUUUGGGUUAUGGUAAUGAAAUUAGUAAAUUUUCAAAUUUACAAAGAUUAAAAAAUCACUUUGAGUCUAAUAGUGGAGUUCAAAACUAUUUAAGCACAAGACCAGGAACAGUCUAUCAAUAUUAAUUUUAAUAAUAAAUGAAAAAACUAUUAUUUUUUUAAUUUUAAAAUAAUUUAAUUAAUUAAUUUAAAAUAUAUAAAUUAAUAAAAUAAAUUAUUGUUGGUUUUAUUUUUUU